AUGAUUUCCGCCCUCCCCCUCCCUCCAACACCAAAAAAUACACACGCCGCCGCCACCACUGCAGCCGCCCGCUGGAAAGCUCUCGUAUAUCGCGACGCCACCGAAAACAGCUUCAUCUACGCCGUUCGCUCAACACGCAUCUACUGCCGCCCUGGAUGUCCAGCACGUCUGGCGCGCCGAGCAAACAUCGAAUUCUACGACUCCCCCGCCACAGCAUCAACGGCGGGGUAUCGCGCGUGCAAACGGUGUAAACCUGAUGAACAUUACCGUGCGGCCGCAACCAAAGAAGGAGGACAAGAGCCGGAGUCAAUGAUAAUAAAAGGCCCGCAUAGCGCGACGAUUGCUAAAACGUGCGAGACUAUUUCGUCGGCGAUUACAGCGGGUCGGAAUCCCCCGGUGCUGCGCGAGUUGGCGCGGGAGGCUGGGUUGACGGCGAGUCAUUUUCAUCGUGUGUUUAAGAAAGUGGCCGGUGUGACACCGGGGCAGUAUGCUAGUAAUAUUAGGGAUGCUGCAACAGGGCAAGCUACUACUGUUACAGCUGCUGGGAAGACGAUAGGGAUGGAGGGAGAAGAAGAAGUGGUUGAGAUGGGUUGUGAUUUUGCAGGGUUGACAGCUCAGUUCGAAGUUUCUGAUCCUGCGUUGACGUUGGAUGAUUUGAUCGACUGGGAUGAGUUUGACCGGAUAAUGAGGGAGAAUGAGACUUGUAUAGAUAUGUCUUUGAGUAAUGUAUUAUAA